AUGUCGUCGCGCAGUGGCCGACAACCAGCCUCUUCCGGUCUGAUCAGACGAACUUUUGUAUCGGACGACGUCGGCAUCAAGCCGAAGGGCAACAAAAUACCGCCAAUCACCGAGGGCUACGAGGCGACUAAGGUUGUGGUCGCUGUUGGUCAGAAGCGCAGCUCGGGCAGUUCCUCUUUUAAAGUCGGCGACACGUCCAGAUUCCUGCCAUCUGACAAUGUGUGA